UCAACGGUUGGCUUGUUGCUUGUUUUCCUUCUGAUAUCUCGGUCAUUUAUGUAGUGUACUAACUUUUAUAUCUAGAAUUCACAAGUGUAAUAAGUUUUAUGCAUCGAAGUGCUCUUGAGUUUUUUAUUUUUAAACAUUGAAACUGCGUUUUUGAGUCAUGGAUGGAGAAAACGUGAAUAGUAAUGGUGUUAGCGAGACAGAUGCUCGGGGUGACAAAGCGGCAGGUGCCGCAAUGUUCCCACAAAAUGGACGAGGAGAAACUAAAACCGAAGUUACAUCAGCCUCAAGGGGCUGUUCAUUUUGUGGCUGGCGAUUUGUUUGGGAAGGCAGAUUAAUCAAGUGUUACAAAGACACCGCAGAGACAGUCACCGCUCGUAUGGCUUCAGAUAGAGAUGCAUGGUACUAUAACAUGAAUCACAAAAACCGAGGAAUUGCAAUAAUUUUUAACCAUGAAAAUUUCACAAAUCCCAAGUUAAAAACACGAUGUGGAACAAAAACGGACUGUGAAAAUCUUGCAAGCACCUUACGUUCGCUGCGAUUUGAAGUGUAUACAUACUUUGAUGCUUCAUACAGCAAAGUAAUGAGUGUAAUCAGUGAAGUAAGAAAUAUGGACCAUUCUGACAACGACUGCUUUUUGAUGGCCGUCCUCUCCCACGGUGAACAGAAUAUCAUCCAUGCCUACGAUUCUCCUUACCAGCCAGAAGAUCUCUGGCACCCAUUCACCGCAGAUAAAUGCCCAUCAUUGGCUGGCAAACCAAAGUUAUUCUUUAUCCAGGCAUGUCAAGGAGACAGGCUAGACCCUGGUGUCACUUUAAUGAAACGAACGGAAACAGAUUCCGGUCCAAUGUCUUACCGUAUCCCAGUGCACGCCGAUUUCCUAAUCGCCUACUCAACAAUACCUGAAAGGAGGAAAGUACGCACGCGCCUUGGCCGAAUUCUGGCUUUCUUCUCCUGCAAGGAGCGCAGACGGAGUCGACUGCGACACCAGCAGUGCUGUUAUACUCUUACCCCAGAUGAGGGAACAGAAAACAUGAUGACAGAGGAUCAGUGUUGCCAAGGUUUUUAUUCCUGGCGGAACACACAGCGAGGGUCCUGGUUCAUGCAGGCUCUCUGCGAGGAAUUGAAGAAGCAUUGCUACAGCCUCGAUCUUCUGACGAUCCUGACAUUCGUCAACAGGCGCGUGGCCACCGACUACCAGUCCAAUGUCCCAGGUAACAACGAGAUGGACGCCCAGAAACAAAUUCCGUGCAUCACGUACAUGCUCACACGGCUACUCAAAUUCAAGCCUAAAUAAAUUGUGCCAGUGAUGUUACUCCAAAGAGUUCACAAGAGUCAUGAAAAGUUAGGUUACUUUGUUUGUAGAUAAUAAUGUUUACCUCUCCACUUUUCAUUUUAAUUCUUUGUCACAGAUAAGUCAGAGUUGUCAACAAAUGUUGUUUCGUUUUUUUAUUCUUGCCAUGGUAUUUAGCUUCAAUUUCCUCUUAGUUUUUCUUUGGACUUUCCCCUUUCUUUGUUCCUCCCGUUCAAAAAUUCCGGAGAAAUUUUAUUUUAGAAUCUAUUUCACCAGCUAGUUUUUUCUAGCAGCAAGAAUUUGAGGGUUUCAACCAGAUAAUCAGGUGUGUAGACCUCUAGAAGAGGUGAAUCUACACUAUUCAAAAUAUUUCAUUACCCUAAGAAUUUAUUUUAUUUUAAUCAAUGUUCAAAGAGUCCAAUUUCUUUUCAGUGAAUCAAUUUCCAAAUCAUUUUGACACUCCAAGCACAGAUUUUCACAAUGUUCUCCUAGAAUCCUAAAAAAAUUAUUCCACUCACCUUUCUGUGGAGCUUUUAGCUUGAAAUGUUAUGUAUGGUAUCUAAUUUUAGAUAUAUCACUCAAAACUCGCACAUCUCCAUAGUAGACCCUGGCAUGUGACUAGCUUUUCAACAUUUCAGGGCAAUUUUUUUUCGGGUAUUGGUUUUAUGACUCUUGUUUACUCUUUUUUUUACCCUACCUGUUUGUUUUGCAUUUAUUUUUUUUUCUGUAGCUAAUAUAAUGUUUCAUGUUCUCAUAAUUUAUUUAAUCAUGAAUCUCAUGAAUCAUGAAUUUCAGCGCUCUUAAUUUUUUAUGUGUGUAAAGUAUCGAAUCUCAUUGCACGGUUCCAUUUCUUGAAUAUUGUCGCCAAGAAUCAAACAAUUUUUUAAUAAUUGUUCCAAAAAUUCUCAUUCCUAUUGGUUAUUGAUAAAAUGUUUCAACUUCCUUUCUUCUCAAAUAAUCUAAUUUGAGUCUCUAAGCUUGAUUUUAUCAAAGCAAAUAAAGUUGGAACCCCUCCUCCCUCCCCUUCCCGUCUUUGAAAACAAAUUCCUGUUUUGAACCUUUCAUAAGUAAAUAAUAGUGUAUGGUUAUUUACAACUCUCCAUGAGUAAUAUCAUUCAAGAAAAGGUAUCCGUGUUUUUGAAUCUCAAUGGAAACUUUGUUUCUAGUGUAGCGUUUUCUCUGUGACAUUAUUUUUCAAAUAGGGUUUCAGACGUUCACAGUCUACUCUGUCCAUUACAGUGAGGUAAACGGCUUUAAUGCCGAUGCAGAACGAUUUGGUUUUAUUUCAUUGCAAGCUUUCAAUAAGUCAAAGUAAAGUUUUAGUCAAUUUUUAUUCCUAACUAUAGAACGUUAAAAUUAAAAUAGGAGGAAGUCACUUAAUUCAACAAGAUCACAGCCUCUAUUUUGACUUUUCCCCCAAAAACUCAGUAAUGAAGCUUUAACGAAAGGUGAUUUUAUUUCUCUGUAUACUAUGUAAAUUACUUAAUUAGUUUUACUUUUAAUAGACUCAUUUUUUCCGUGUGACUUUUUUUCGCGCAUUGACAUAUUUUUGAAAGCUUCUCUUUUCUGAGCUUUCAUCUUACUUCUCAUUGGAAUCGAGAACUCUUUAGACUAAUUAUAAAAUCAUUGAGCUACUGUGAUAAGCCAUGGAUUUACAUCUAAAAAUUUUAAACGGCUUCACUCUGUAUUGGAAGUGAUAAAUAUUGCAUUUGUUUAGUAUUCAAAGUGAUAGAGAUUAUUUUGAUACUUUACUGAAGAUGUGAUUUUCACAAACUCUAAGUAGACUGCGAAUCUAGACAAUUUUUUUUGUUUUUUUUUUUACUUUAGUCGAAAUAGAAUAUCUGACUAUUUUGUGAUUGUUAAAGCCUCUGUCAUAGCUUUACAUGUUCAUGCUUUGAUUUGUGGAUUUUCAAUUUUCGCAAUUUUAAACAAACUUCUUGUUUUGUUUAUAUGUCCCGGUAUCCUCAUAGAACCCACCCAUGAUGUGAUGUUAUCCAUUUGUUAUGUAUCUCUGGAUCAUAUAUUUUAAAUUCCAAGAACAAAUUAUUUUUUAAAAUCGAUUAAAGGGGAAAAAAGGAAAUAAUUUUUUUCAAAUGACGUUCCAUUAUUUCAUCAUAUAAUCUUGAUGUUUAUCACCCGAUAUGAUCAAAUAAUUGCAACUCAACAAGUGUGUUUCUCAUUCUAACAUUAAGCCAUGUAACCGAAUCUCUGAACAUUCCUUUAAUUGUAAAUUUCAAGUAUGAACUGUGUCUUUCAUUCAAAAGGCUUAUUUUUUUACCCUCUGUUUUUUCUUAGCUAAGCUGUUGCUUCAACUGCCAAUUUAGACAAUUCUCUUCAACUCUCAGUUAUUUUAGGCCACUUGAUAUUCGAAUAGUUUAUUUUUUUCAUCCGUUUUUGCUGACAAAAGUUGUAACUGUUCAUCAAAUGGUAAAAUCAAUAGGAAGGAAUCUGAAUUACUAAUACUAAUUAGCCACUUUCGAAAUUCAUCCGUGAGGAUCAGUAUGAUUUUUUGUCGUUGCUCUUGAGCCAUCUCAGAGGCUUUUUUGACUGCUUUUGAACAUGCCUAUGAAUAACUGACAAUUAAAAACAGAACUGAAACUGGAACUUCACUUUGAUACUUCUCUGUACUACACCAAUUGACUACCCUCCACGAUGGCGGUUGUACGGUCAAAGAUUCCGAACUUUAAUUAACGCACAAAAUUUUUUUAAUAUAUGUUCUUUUUUACGUAAGAGCACCUUUUUUUUUUUUACAGUCAAAUAAUUUACUGAGUGAUAAAUAACAAUGAAGAUUGUUUUGAAAUCUGAGGAACAAUAUGAUGUUAAUUGUAUUCGUUGAAUAAUGACUCCUUCGCAAAUGACCUAGAAUAUUUCUUUUAUUUAUCUUUCUUAAUAUUUAUUUAUUUUUUUUAUACACUUUUUUUUGGAAAAAACAUUUGACCUACUGAAUACUCACAACUAUUUUUUUAGUGUACACUUUGCGUCCACCACUGGUCUGGUCUGCAAAUGAAUUUUCAAUUUUGUCAAUCAUGGUGGUUCAGUUAGCAGCCCACACAGGUUUUUUUUUUUUUUUUUUUUUUUUUUCCAAGUUAAGAGAGAGUUGUUUAGGAUACAAUAUAAUAAGGAAGAAUUAGCAACAGUAUAUUCGCCUUUCGGCCUUGCUGAAAAAUUAUUUUGAAAUGUGAUAAAAAUGCGCCUUGUUCUAAAAAGUAGGUCCAAAACCUUAGCUUUCAGUUCAUCGAUUUUGAUAAAUGUAACUGAUUUGAGGUAUUGCCACCCUUAAAUCUAGAAUGGAAACUAUUGAGUGCCACUUUUAUAUUCAUACACAUUUUAUUUUAAAACCUCCAACUACCAAGUCUUUCAACCUUAAUGUGAUAGGUUUACAAGUUGUACUUUUUUAUACUAUACUGAAAUUUUUCUCCCCUUUUUUUCUUCAAAGAUUUGAAGUGUAAGAGUGAAGGCUUCUAUUUGUAUAGAGUAUAGCAGGUCACAAAUGUAAAUUAGCUGAUAAGUGUUUUCUAAUUUGAACAUUUGCUUUGAUUAGUUACAACUCUUUCACAGUCGCUUUAAUUCACAAAAAAUGACAGAAAUGGACGCAAAAUGCCUCUGUAUUAUUUCCUAAAGCUUUAUUUAAGUUUUACAUGUUUAAAACCUGUAGGUUUUCAUAGAUCAAAGAGGAGUAAUAGCAUGAAUUCAUGGUGUCUUGAAUCUGGAAAAAACUGGUAACUUCCGGAUUCACCAAGGAAGAAAAUAUUUCUGGGCAAAUCAGGGGACUUGCCAGGGAAUUGAUGCUAAAAACCGGGAAUUUCUUCACUCUCUGCUCUAAAAUCAAAUAAUACUUCAAAUUGCUGCAUGAAUUGUUCUUUUUCCUCUUAAAUCCCCCCCUUCCCCUCCAAUCCUCAUAAAUUGCACACUAGCAGUUCCUGAUAGUUGCCAAAUUGAAUCAAAAUCCAGAAUUUUUGCUCCUGUGAAUAGUAACUGAUAAAAUAGUGAAACCUUUUUUUUUUUAUACUUAAAGCCAAUCGAAUACAGUCCUACGGAUGUACCUAAUUUCACUACUUCAUACAAACUGACAUAUGUAAUAGUUUUAUUCUUUAUACAUACUAUUUUCUGAAAUUUUCAUUAUGUUUAUCUGUGUUUUUAAAAUAGUUUAUUUGCCCGUAGAUUACUUUCAUGCAUUUAAAAAAAAAUGAUGAGUCAUUGUAACUUGAAUCAACAAAUUAUUUCUCCUAAUAAACAAUAACUGAUCAAUGAUCACAGUCUAA